UUGAGUUGUCUGAUGAAGAAGAUCAAGAUGCAUUGUUUGAGCCAGAAGCAGAGGAAGAUGAUUCAGGGAGCUCUGAGGAUGAAAUUCAGGCAGGGCAAGCAGAUACCGAGGAGUCAGAUCAAGCUGAACAGUGCAGUCGGCGUCCACUGUGGAGCAGGAAUUCAAAAUUCAAAUUCCAAGUUGAUGAUCCUGCCAUUGUUGAGAACAAUGAUGCCAUGACACGCGAAAACUGGGCCCCAAUGGAUUACUUCAAGCAGUACAUCGAUGACUCAGUGUUUGAAAGAAUGGCCUUGUGCACAAAUCAGCGUGCAAUCCUUGAGUCUGGAGCAACACUAAAUACCACUCCUGAAGAACUGAAGACAUUCUUUGGGAUUUCCAUUUACAUGGGUUGUCUAGGAUAUCCAAACAUUCAAAUGUAUUGGGCCUCAAACACCAGAGUUCAAGUUGUGGCAGAAUCCAUGACUAGAAAUCGUUUCUACAGGCUCAGAAAUUCCAUCAAGAUCAUCAAUGACCUUGAUGUUUCAGAUGAUGAAAAAAGAAGUGAUCUCUUGUGGAAAAUCAGGCCCCUUUUGGCCAAAGUGAGGCAAGGAUGUCUGAGUCUACCUAGGACAGAAAAAUUGUGCAUUGACGAGCAAAUGAUCCCAUUUACUGGUCGCUGCCCAGUGCGCCAGUACGUACCAGGCAAGCCAUACCCAACUGGAUUGAAGGUGUUUGUCUUAGCCGCACCAACUGGUUUGGUCUUAGACUUUGUGGUCUACCAAGGCAAGACUACCUUCGGGGAUACAGGAGGAAUGGGUAUUGGAGAGAAAGCUGUUCUUCAUUUGGCAGAGUCUGUUCCCCAAGGAACCCACCUGUUCUUUGACAGGUUCUUCACAACUAUCAAACUCCUUGACACCCUAAAGAUGAAAGGGCUGACUGGAACUGGAACCCUCAUGAGUAACAGGAUUCCAAAGGAGUGCAAGAUCAUAGGGGAUAAGCCCUUCAAGAAGAAAGAAAGAGGGCAUCAGAGAUGGUAG